UAUCGAAUGAAAAUCUAUUAUUACGUAACGGAAUUAUAUACAAGUGCUAUGUUUACAUAAUAAUUCUUCCGUAAAGUAUUAAUUGCAUCCACUCGUUAAGUUGCUUUAGUAUGGACAUCAUUAUAUGAAAGUUAAGGCUAUUUCAUUAUGGAUAUAAUUAUUGAAAGAACGAGCAACCAAGGUGUACCGGAAAAUGGAAAUGUUCAUGGAAUGAGAAAUGUUCAUGGAAUGAGGAAAGUAACAUAUUGGGAAAAAUAUGGAGUUAAACGUUUUUCAUACCGUGGGAGAAGAAGGUUCACUCCAAUUCUCAAUCAACAUUUUGACGGUCAAAUUAGUAUAACAAACGAUGUAUUUGGCCUCACUAUUCAGCAAUUUGAACGGACAUUUAGAGCCUGUUUGGAAAGAAGAAAACAAAAUUCUCAAUGGAUCCUUAAUUUAAGAUAUCCUGUGAAAUCUUCUAACAAAUACCUUGAAUAUUUGGAAAAUUGUACAAGUCAGAUUGAAGGUAAUGUGCUCUGGCCCGAAAUAAAUGUUAAUAAUGAAUACCUGUAUGCACAGCUUGUUCAAAUUGUCGGAAAAGAAAGAGACAUACGCGUUAGACAACGGUUAUUUCUACUUAAAGAUAUAAUAGCAUGUAUAAUUGGCACUUCUAAGUUACAACAUAUCACCAGUGGAAGCAUAUCUGAAGGACUUGAUCUACCCGGCAGUGAUCUUGAUAUAAUGUUUGUAAUUGGUGAUGUAGAAGUGGUAAAUAGGGCAGAAAAUAUAAAUUUUUCACGAAAGUAUACAAAACUGGUGAUGGAAACAGACCCCUUGUAUCCAGGCUUCACAAGAUUGAAGUUAGCUGCAGAUGAUUAUCAUUAUUCUUUUCGUUUGAUCAAAGAUUCUCUAGUACAACGUUUGCAAACCAACACAAAUGUUUUUUAUGUAUCAACCUAUAAAUUCGUUCAAAACAUUCAACAAAUAUCGGAGUCAGUUGAAACGUUAUUACACGGUCCAUGCUUAUCGGAUUUAUAUGAGACCAUGGACUUUGCUUAUUGUCUCCGUUGUAAAUCGUUCCCAUACAAUGCAAGCAAUUGGGUAAAUCGUCAUAGGGAACAUUGGCCACCUAAUGAAGUAAUUGAUACAAUUGUGAAGAACGGCUGUUUGUUGGUACCUGUUGGACCUAAAGCAAUGACAAACGAUCAAUUAUUUUGGAGGUUAUCUUUUUCUGUGGCAGAAAAACAACUGGUUCAUUCGUUUAAUUAUACGCAAUUAUUAUGUUACGGCCUUCUUAAAUUAACAUUGAAGCACAUCAUUAACAAAAAACCUGGUGUAAAGGAUUUGUUAUGCUCCUACUUUCUAAAAACAACGCUAUUCUGGGUAUCAGAGAAAGUGUCUAUCGAGACAUUUCAGUUGCCUAACAUAUUUAACAGUUUUUUCUUGUGUUUAGAUACAUUAAGAUCGUUUGUUAACAAUUGCUACUGUCCCAACUAUUUUAUACCUGAACAAAAUAUGUUUCAAGGAAAGGUCAAUAUGAGAAAUAAUAAGAGAUUGCUAAGUAUCAUUCACGGUAUUGAACGUGGCGGUACAGCUGGACUGAUAUCUAAUUUUUUGUCCGAAGGUGCUAUUGUAGAUUGUCUAGCACCAACUUUCAAUUGCGAGUCUUCUACGCAGUUAGAUUUUUUCUUUUAUAAAUAUAUCUCUGGAUUUAGGCCUCAAACGCAUAUAAAUAACUGUUACCGAGGAAUGAUUACUGCUAAAUCGUUCCUUCAGAGUGAAUCGUCUAUCUUUGUACAGGAUGUCUGUAAAUGGUGGAUCGACAGUCUCAAUCAUUUUGUGGUGCAACUACUUCCUCGUCCAUUUUGGGGACAGAAUGUCAAAAAUAAACAAAAUCGUUAUCAUAAACAUUUACUGUCAAGUUUACAGACAGAUGCUGUGAAUGGUUGGCUGUUAUACGCUUCGUUUUAUUACGUCAUUGGACAAUACAAAGUUACACUCAGAAUUACAGAUUAUGUUUUAUCAAAAUGUACACAUGAUAAGUUAUAUUUAGGCUUUUUAACUUUUCCCCAAAAUAUAAUAAAUAACUAUGCGAAAAAUAUUUGUACAAAAAACGUAACACUUAACGAAAAGGCGAAUUUGGCGACUAUAAAUCAUUUCACAUACUUGAAACGUUCUUCUUUAAUACCUGCGGAGCUCAGCCUGGAGGUGGAAAAUAAUGAAUUAUAUGUACCUCCUGUUGUUUUAGCUCAUUGUCUCAGAGUUCUUUGUUUCCAUCAUCUCGGUGAAACCUUCAAUACACUACAAGCGUUGCAGGAUUUAAACUUAACUGUUAGAGAAAAAUAUUUCAUUACAAGCAAUCUAGCAUCUGAAACAUUAACAAUUCUCGGUGUGUGCUGUGAGGUAUAUGGUGAUAUUGAUUCAGCUUAUGUGUGCUACGAUAAAGUUUCAAGUGUUCUUGUUGGGACUAAUCAUACAGCAGAAAUUAGAAAAAAAGACCUCUUGAAAAGACGAAAUGUUAGACCCUAAAAAUAGUCGUUCUGUUAAUGGAUGUUUGCUUUAAUGUACAUUUUGAAUGUAUUUGUUUUCUGUACAUCUGAAACAAUUUUAUCUAUUUAUAGAUUUUCGUUGGUUACGGUACGGCGAAAGUGAGAAAAGCAAUCGAGUUGAGAUGACUAAUGAUAAUUAGUGUAUCGCUAUAUUAUCUAUGAAGACGUUGUUAAGUUCCCUGAGUUUCUUUAGUUUCUAGCGUUGAUUUUUAUAUCACUCGACUCUGUUUUCACAUCACUGGACUCUGCUAAAUAUGAAAAUUAUCAGUCAGCAAAAUCAAAAGAAAAAUUUAAAACAGCGUUAAUGUUUUUUUAUUCUAUGUUUGAUAAAUCACUACUAAAAAUACUUAAUUGUAACAUAUAGAUAUAGGAAGAUGUGGUAUGCGUGUCAAUGAGAAAACUCUCCAUCCAAGUAACAAUUUUCAAAAGUAAACCACUAUAGAUCAAGGUACGGCCUUCAACACAGAGCCUUAGCUCACACACAACAAGCUAUAACUAUAACUAUAAGGACAAAAAACAAAUACUAUUGGAAAACCAUUCAAACGGGAAAACCGUAUACUUAACUGACAGUUCUGACUAAAAGUGAAGUGCGCUAAUUUUUAUUUUAUCUUAUUUCACCUUUCAUAGACGACAAAUAUAAAAUUGAGAAUGGAAAUGGGGAAUGUGUCAAAGAGACAACAACCCGACCAAAUAAAAAAACAACAGCAGAAGGUCACCAACAGGUUUUCAAUGUAGCGAGAAAUUCCCGCACCCGGAGGCGUCCUUCAGCUCGCCCCUACACAAAUAUACACUAGUUCAGUGAUAAUGAACGCCAUACUAAUUUCCAAAUUGUACACAAGAAACUAAAAUUAAAAUAAUAAUAGACUAACAAAGGCCAGAGGCUCCUGACUUGGAACAGGCGCAAAAAAUGCGGCGGGGUAAAACCUGUUUGUUUGUGAGAUCUCAACCCUCCCCCUAUACCUCUAACCAAUGUAGAAAAGUAAACGCAUAACAAUACGCACAUUAAAAUUCAGUUCAAGAGAAGUCCGAGUCUGAUGUCAGAAGAUGUAACCAAAGAAAAUAAACAAAAUGACAAUAACACAUAAAUAACAACAGACUACUAGCAGUUAACUGACAUGCCAGCUCCAG